AUGGGUUUCUUCCGUCGUCUCUUUGCCAUCGUGGCCAAAGCUGCCAAGGCGGCCUCUUCGAAGGGCAAGCCUAGACGUCGCCUUGUAAAGGCUGUUCCGGUCAACAAUAUGACCAACAUGGCGCUGGCUAUAUCUUCGAAGAAGGAAGACGCAGGAGAAGAGAGUGUUGGAGCCGCAUCUGAAGGCUCUCCUACGCGUGGCAACACUGUCCAAGAAGGCGGUGUUUCGGCCAAGGGCACAGAUGAGGCGCUUCCCCGGGCAGAGCUCACAGACGAGCUUACCACUGCCAUAAAGCCAAUGGUCUCUGGUUCUGUUCUCGAUGCCAAUUAG